UGGAGUGAAGUGGAAAACCGUAAGCUGUGUCGCUGCGUGGUUCUGUGUCAUUGUAUAGUUGGUCGUCAGCUGAUUACGAGUGCUUAAUGUUUGGCGCGUCCAGGACAACUUUUGAUGAAAAAAACAAUCGUCUCUACUUUUUUCAAAACAACACACGUCUCUGCUUUUUUUAUGAUUUGCAGUGGUUAGUCAAGAUUGGAUCAAACUAAUCAGAUGGUAUCGGAACUUGUGUUUAUUGUUUGAAAUAAUGGUCUCAGCUUCAAGACUCGAACUGUAAAACCACACUGUAUGUCCGCACUUACGACUUGAGGGAGCAACUAUGCUGGACGAACUUUUCCAAGUGAUGUCAUUGGAACUCGAACGAUUUAGUACUCAACUGGUAUGACAGUUUUGUUUUAUGGUGCAAGUUUUUAUUUGUCUCAAUCGAAUCUCCUGUAUUUGCAACUCACAUUUCUACCUCCAGUCACAAGACUACAUCAACAUCUUUAAACAAUUUGCAAGGAUAACAACAACCCAAAACAAUAUGCUAAGCGAUUCCAAUUUCAUCGAGACGGUUUCGGAAGAAGUGGAGCUGCUCCAAUCAGAAAACUGCGGUAAUCAGGAGAACGAACCCAGCCCCAACAAUGACAAUAACCCGAACCAAGUGGCUAAGAAUAAUGCCACCUCCAAUGUAGCGGUACCGAAGAGGCGUCUAGUUGGCGACCGGCCGCGGCUGGUCGAUCGUACCGUCAGUGAGGGCCAACUCCUGGUACCGAAAAAGAGCAUCGCACUCCAAGAUGAGGAAGAUCGCCCGGACUUUUAUGAAUUCCGCGCCAAAGACAACGUAAUGAAAUCAUAUUGGUUGCACCAGACGUUCAUGAGUUGGUGGGCCUUGCGUAGCACCCCCUUCGCCUCAGAUCUUUUGCCGAGUAAGGGAGGUGCCGGAUUGACGACUAAAUUCCUGAAGGAGGUGGUUGAGAUACUUGUGGAGUACGUCCAGGGAACCUUCGACCGCUCCACCAAGAUCCUGGAGUUCCACCAUCCCAACGAGUUGAGGGAGAGACUACACCUUGAGAUACCGGACAAGCCUGAGAACCUCGACCAGAUUCUUCAGGAUUGUCAGAACACUCUCAAGUAUUGCGUUCACACUGGUCAUCCUAGGUUCUUCAAUCAGUUAUCAACGGGGCUCGACAUUAUUUCACUGGCCGGUGAAUGGGUGACGGCAGCUGCCAAUACGAACAUGUUUACUUACGAGAUUGCCCCGGUCUUCUUGUUGAUGGAGCGUGCCAUACUGAAGAAGAUGCGGGAGAUGGUAGGCUACAAAGACGGCGACGGCAUCUUCGCGCCCGGUGGCGCAGUUUCUAAUCUGUACGCCGUGCAGUGUGCCAGGCAUAAGUACGUCCCGUCCUGCAAGCGAAGAGGGUUGCAGAGUUCAUCGAGGAAUCUGGUACUUUUUACUUCGGAACAUAGUCAUUUCUCACUGCGACGGGCUGCUGCAAUCUUGGGCAUUGGAACAGAUAAUGUGGUGUACGUUGACACCGAUGUAAGGGGUAAAAUGAAGAUGGAGGAUCUGGAAAAUAAGAUACAGCAAGCUAUUGCCAGAGGUGACAAGCCGUUUUUCGUCAAUGCAACCGCGGGGACUACCGUUCUAGGCGCCUUCGACCCCAUCAAUGCCGUGGCCGAUAUAUGUGAGAAGUACGACCUAUGGAUGCAUGUCGACGGGGCGUGGGGAGGCGGUUUACUGAUGUCCCGUAAACACAGACACAAGCUUGAAGGCGUCCACAGAGCAGACUCGGUGACGUGGAAUCCGCACAAAGUGAUGGGUGCCUUGCUGCAGUGCUCGGCAAUACUCCUUAAGGAAGACGGGAUUUUAGAGGACGCAAACUCGAUGAGGGCGCCCUACUUGUUCCAGCAGGACAAGCAUUACGACGUCUCCUACGAUACCGGCGAUAAGGCGAUACAAUGCGGCCGACACGUGGACGUAUUCAAAUUCUGGCUCAUGUGGCGGGCGAAGGGAACACGCGGAUUUGAAAACCACAUUAACAAGCUCUUUGAUUUAGCACAAUAUCUUCUUGAAAAGUUGAAGUCAAGGGAAGGAUUCAAAGUAGUUCAUGAAAAGCCAGAAUACACCAACGUCUGCUUCUGGUACAUCCCUCCCAGUCUCAGAUCAAUGGAGGAAGGCACAGAAAAACAACUACGUCUCCACAAGGUCGCCCCCGCCAUCAAAGGCCGCAUGAUGGCCACUGGUACUCUCAUGGUUGGUUACCAGCCGCUCGGGGACAAGGUGAACUUCUUCCGUAGUGUGUUCUCCAACCCAGCCGCCACCAAGUCGGACGUGGACUUUCUGCUGGACGAAUUGGAAAGACUGGGACGAGAUUUGUGAUCAAUAGAUGGAACUGGACAGUGAGCCUGCAUAUCAAAACAGAGAGCAAUUUCUUAAAAAAUGAGGUUAUUAUUAAUUAUGUCUUUCUUUAUGUUUUAAGGUAGGAACAUUACCUGUGUUUUUCCUAUAUACAUUAGGGUUAACAUCACAAUGUUGUUAACAAGAAGGUUUUAAAAGAAGGGCACAUUAAACCCAAAAUGGGAAAACUUCACAAUGUCGAUCUAAAGAAUAUAUCUUCCUUAAUACAACGCGCAAAAGUUCGUAGAAAAAUCUUACAACACUGAGCAAUAUUCGUGGCUUAUGUUUAGUUAUUGAAUAAAAAUUGGUAUCGGGCACGUGGAAAUCCUUUGUAUAAUUUGAGGGGCGGGAGAAGGGGGAGUCCACAUAUUCAAGUCAGUCACGGGAAACUAAAACCGCAUGCAAACACGCUGUGGAGUCAGGAGUUUGGAUUCAUAUACCAUGCUCAAUAUGAGGCAUACGAUGUUCUACAAGUGUUCUUAAUGUUUAAACGCGUGAACAUAAGUAACCCCUCCUUAAAAUCACUCGAGGAAAUCUUAACAUUCCCAAUCACUAUGAAGACAUGCAAUAUAUCGAGCACCAAAUGGAGACUCGGGGUGCGAUUCGGGACUCCACAUGGGGUGAGAGAAAACCCAAUGUUUUUGUUCACAUUAAUAAUACUUCCAGUGGUUGAUUUAACAAAGAUGGUCCCUAACAGUCAAUAGGACUCUUCGGGAGUUAUUAAAAACAUACGGCUGGUCCUAAGUUAUGACGAGCUCGUCCUACCUCGAGAGAAGACUAGUCUCAACUCUUUGUGAAAUCUACCCCAGCCUAUCCCACUUGCUUAAGACGCAGACCCAAGAGAACAAAAUAAUAUUGCUUUUAACUGAGAUGUUGCCGGGGUGCAAAGACAAGCACCAAUAACCGACCUAAUAUGGCACAUUACGUCGGUUCCUAGCAUCUUGUUUGUUGUAUCCAAUGUCUAGUCUUCUUGUAGCUAAGUUAGACAAAAAUGCCGCUGGGGGAAAACUUUCCAUAAGUUUUCUUUUAGUUACUUAGGCUUGGAUGUAUUCAUUAAAGGCACUGGACACCUUUUGUAAUUAUAAAAGCGCAGUAUUCUCACUUGGUGUAU